AUGUCCACCGCGGACACAGCCGAUGUAAGCGACGUGCCUCCCGUGGUACGUGACUUGCUUCGCAUUUCUCUCAACCCUAAGGAAUAUCGCUUCCUUCACAAAGCCGCCCUCUCGCGCUUUCCGCCAGCUUUGCAGAACAAGCUACCCUCGCCAUCACGAUACGAUGCCCUCUCCCGUCCCAGAAAUAGACACAGCGAAGCCGCUGUCCGCGCGUCGCUGCGUGUGUUCUUGGGGUCGAGUCUGGCGCUCAAGUUGACAGAUCUGGUUCUUGCAAGGGUGAGAGGUGGCGCUGAAAAGUCAAAAACACGCACCUCUCUCCUCCGCUCCCCAAACUUACGCCUUUCCCUCUCCCUAUCCCUCCUCCUCCUCAUUCACCGAAUCCUCUACCGCUUCCUCGUCCGACUGCGCGCGAACCUGCGCACGGAUGAUGCCCGUCCCUUCUGCGAGAGAAACCCACAGGUCUCGCGCGCGUUAACCUCGCGCUUCGCCCCUGCCAUCGGAGCCAGUCUGGCAGGUUUCGCGCUGGGCAUCUGCCCGCAGGACCAGCUCCGCCUUACGGCAGCCAUCUACACCAGCACGCGCAGCUUGGAGUUUCUCUUUAAUGUCCUCGAUGAGAAAGGGUAUUUGGAUAAGCGGCCCUGGUGGUUCGGCAGCUGGCUGCUUAUGCCCGUGUCGUGUGCGCAGCUGUUUCACGCGUUUGUCUUUGAUCGGGAGACUACACCCAAGUGGUUCGGUAAUGUCAUUCUGAAGCUCUCGCCGAGCUAUAUCCAGAGCCGACCGGAGUCGCUGCCUAGCAAUGUGCCCUGGCCGGAGAAGGAAGAGAUUGUGGACUCACUUGCUUCUAUUGCGGAUUUGCGCUGGCCCGCAUUUGUGUCUCCCAUUCUACACCCCGCAGACCCCAACACCCUGCCGUCCUUGGUCAAGGCCAUCUCCCCAAUCACCGGCCCAGCUCAUCCCUCGAUCUCGCAUCUGUCCUGUGCGUUGCUGCACCCUAGUGUCCCGACCUGCAGCACGGCCUUCCUGCAUCACAUCCUCCUGUCAGUGCCGAAGCUCGCUCGGUUUCUCACAGCGUUGACCCUGGCCCUGAGCAUCCCUCGCAUCAAGACGAUUCUGGCCCAACCCAUCACCUCGGUGAACACCCUAUCUAAGCGGAUCAUAACCCUGACGGUCGUGCUCUCCGCAGCGGUUGGCUCUGCCUGGGGCAGCGUCUGCCUCCUAAACAGCUCCCUACCUCGCUCGACACUCCCAACUAAACGGUUUUUCCUCAGCGGCGCGAUCGGUGGGCUACCUUUCCUAUUCUUUAACAGCCGCGGCACCUUCCUGUACUUCUUCCGGGCGGCCGUCGACUCCGCUUGGAAAACGGGCGUCAAGCGAGGCCUGUGGAAGGGCCGAAAGGGCGGUGAGCUGGCGCUGUUUGUGCUGUCGUGGGCGUUGAUGGGGUCUAUUCUGGAGGCGAGACCAUCGGCGGUUCAGGGCGGUGGGCUGCGUAAGGGCUUGGCCUUCUUGCGGGGAGAUGGGUUCGCAGAUCCGGUCGAAAAAGCGAAUCGCAAGGCACGUCGGGGGAAGAAAGCCGAGGAGAAGACGGAGUAG